GCUCUUUUCUUCUCGACUUCUACGCUUUCUCAUAAGCAUCGUUAUAGGGCUACACAUAAAACUCCGUACUCAAAGGACCCACAAGCUGGGAAUCUUAUAAUCGCAUAUUCUCGACCGCCAGCUUGGACGGACUUGAAGUUAUCGAGACAGUCAAAGCAACACGAAGGGCAGCAUGAAGACGACUAAAUUCCCCGUCGCACGAAUAAAGAAGAUUAUGCAGAAGGAUGAAGAGGUGGGCAAGGUAGCACAAGCAACUCCGGUUGUUAUUUCAAAGGCGCUGGAGCUGUUCCUCCAGCUCAUUAUCGACGAGGCUAGUGCUGUUACAGUCUCAAGGGGGAGCAAGAAGGUCGAGGCAUACCAUCUUAAACAUGCAAUCGAAACCACCGAAAUGCUCGAUUUCCUCAAAGAGCUCGUCCAGGAAGUCCCCGACCCCUCCGCAGGCGGCACAAUCGACCUGGAUGGACCUGACAACAAACGCUCGCGAAAAGGUAAGAAAGCUGCCACCGCAGGAGAUGAUGAUGAAGAGAUGGACCUCGACGACGGCGAGGCUCCUAAGCCGAAGCGAAAGCGGAGAAAGAAGAAGGACGAUGCGGAUGACGAUGAUGAUGGAGCUCCGGUUGCGAGCGGGAGUAGGAAAGCAGCGGGUGGACGGGGUGGAGGAGGUGGAAGGGGGCGGGGCAGGAAAGCGUCUGCGUCAAAGGUACCUGGUGCGGGGAAAGUUGAGCGGACGAAGGCUGAGGCUCGGGCUACGGAUAGGGAACCGGUUGAGGAUGACAGAAGGGCUGCGUUGAGGGACGAUGAGUAUGAUUAUGAGAACGGGGAUAGUAACGGACAAGCGAAUGGAAGUGGAUAUGGGAGGGAGGAUAGGAUCGAGGAGAACUUCGACGAGGAGGAAGAGGACUAAUUUUCCUUCGUUGUUUGUUUGUUUGAGUAGGCUGUGGGUGGAUAACUAUGGUGAUACUUGGCGCCACCGUUUGGUUACAGUUUUCGACGCUCUAUGAACGUAUAUUGGGUGUCCUCCUCUAGAAGAGGACGCUUUUGGCAUCGAAGCUCCCUUUUCUGGAUCCAGGAAACACUGGCGUGUAAAGUCGGAACAUAAGGGCUCCGAAUAGGGGGGAAUCGGGAUGGAGAGCUGUGCUCCCAUCAAGGUUGAGUUGAAACCUCAUUAGGCCUCACUAAGCCUCACUCCCAACCAAGCCUAUACUGUAUAAUCUCGCUAGGAGGGGCCUGAACAACCGCCAAAUUUCUUUACUUCCCCGUACACCCAGCCCAGAGUUGGGCAUAGCCAUAAUAUUAGUAAACUACCCAACGACUCCGUGAUGGAACGAUCAGUCGCUCUCGUCACAGGCUGUUCGAAAGGCGGUAUUGGUUUCGCAUUUUGCGAGAACCUAACCGCACGCGGAUACAUCGUCUACGCUACAGCACGUUCUUUGUCCUCAAUGGACGACCUCCAUCACCCCAACUGCCGCAAAUGUGUGCUCGACGUGAUGAGCGAUGAGCAGGCCAACGCCGUAGUGGCUAAGAUCAUUGAAGAUGAGGGUCAUAUUGACCUACUCAUCAAUAACGCGGGGAUGCCUGCUGCAGGCCCAUUGAUAGAUUGGACCAUUGAUGCAACAAAAAAUGUUUUCGACACCAAUGUCUUCUCCGUGCUUCGGCUCUGUCGAGCUGUGAUCCCACACAUGGCAGAGCGAAAACAAGGGACCAUCCUGAACAUCGGCUCUCGAGCUGGAGAAUUCGCACCACCCUGGUUCGGCAUCUACGCCGCCACCAAAUCAUGCCUCCGUACGAUCUCCGAAGUCCUCUCCCUCGAAUGUCGUCCCUUCGACAUCUCCGUCUCGCACAUCAACACUGGCACCGUCCAGUCCCGUAUCCUCGAUAAACUGGAUACUUAUCUUGCACCUCCUGGAUCGCUUUACGGAGCAUUUGUACAUAACAUCGGGAGGAUUAUUGAGAUGGGUAAGGGGGAGGGGAAGGCGAUGGAUGCGGGAGUAUUUGUUGAGAGUGUUCUAAGAAAGACUAUCGGGAGAGGUUUGGAGGCUCGGAAGAGGAAGGUACCGAUUGAGGUGUUGGAUGGGACUGGGACGUUUGCCUUGAUGGUGUUGAGAUGGCUGCCGAGGAGCUGGUAUUUUAAUUUGAUCUGGAGAGUACUGGGGAAGCCAGAAGUGAAGAGCAAGGACGCGUAAAAGCAGAUAGGUUGCUUAUGGACGAUCAUUGUUCUUUGUGUUGGCACGCGCAUUUCCCUCAAUUAUUAGUCUGUUCAGCGUUCUGUAUAAUCUUCCUGUGUUGCAUACGGUCUUGCUUGUGC